GUGUGCGCAUGUGUGUCUGUUGGGUGUGUGACGCUCCAGACGACAGCCAAAGAAGUUUAAUGUCACCAUUUGACACUUGGCUGUAUCAUUUUUCAUACUUCCGAUGUGUAGCAGGGUGUGUGAGUGCGUGUGUGUGCGUGUGUGUGUGUGUGUGCGUGUGCAGAAGACUUGGUCACAGCCCAGGUGGUUUUGAUGACCCGUGGCGGCUUCGCCUCUGCAUCUCAGCACAGGUGUUUUCUCUGAUAGCUCUCUCUCCCUCUCUCUCUCUCUCUCUCUCUCUCUCCCUCUCUCUCUCUCUCUGUCCGCCUCUCUCUCUCCACCAGGAAGGGACAGCCGUCCACGCUUCCUCGUCCAAAAGAGUGAGGUCUGGCAGUCUCGCACACACCAACCCGUCUACAGGUCGGACCAUGGCUGCUCGGUCUGCAGGCGGCGAAGGUCGAUCCGCGCCAGGACAUCCAGAGGACAGGACCCCGAGCGCCGAGGAUCAGGAGGGCGAGCCGGUGUCGGUGAAAGAGCGACUGGCCAUGUACCAAGCCGCCGUGUCCAAGAAGGAGAGCGCCAGUUCCUCUGCCGCGGUGAUGAGUGAGUCGGAGGCGCGCUCGCUGCCCGGAGGCCUGGCCAGUGUGAAGAAACAGUUUGAGAGCCAGGAGUUUGCCUCUUCCACCUCGCAGUCCACCGUCGCCCAGAUUCACUUCGAGCAGAGAUCUGUCCAGGAGACCUCAAGCUCCUCAGAGGUGACGGUGAGAAGCAGCACCAGAGAGGUUGUCCCCGCCACAAGCCUCUUUCACAAUCAACAUGAGGUGAUCCACGAUGAAAGAGUGCACCAGAACAACGUGGCUGCCAGUUACGGGGACCACUACAAUGAAACAGUUAUGCUCAUUGGAGGAGAGGACCUACCAAAGGUUUCCACUCAGUCUUUGAAGCAGCAGUAUGAGAAAACGAUUGAGGAAGCCGCACCAGCCAAGGAAAUUAAGGUUGAUGUGGAUUUCAACCAGUUUCAAUGGGCACCAGUGAGUCAGUCCUCCAAAGCUUCCGCCAUGACAAGCUAUGACACCGUAAAGACUGCCACUCGCACGGCCUCAUCGAUGGCAUCUGCCUCGUCAUUCGCUUAUGAGCAGACAGAGCAUUUCCCUCCUCCCCCCUCAAACCUGUUACAAGAUACCCCUGACUAUGUUUAUCCCCAGCCUCAGGAGCCAGCCUCCCAUAAACACAUUACAAAGGAGCAGUACUUUAAACACAAGAGCACAGCUGAGCUAAAGCGCCUCUACAAGCACAUCAAUCCAGAGGUCCGCAAGAACCUCGAGGAGGACUUCUUGAGUGAGCUAACCGAAGCAGAAAAGAAGGACUUGGAAAGCGAGGAAAUGGUCGGCGAUGUUCAGCAAGCGUGCUACUUGUUUGAGAAUGACGGCAAUGGCUCAAGUAAGUGUUCCAGCCCUGACAGGGAGUACAUGGAAUGGGAUGAAAUCCUCAAAGGCGAAGUGCAGUCCAUGCGCUGGAUGUUUGAGAACAAGCCGCUAGAUACGAUUAAAGACGACAACCCGGAGGAAGACGAGGUGGGGAAUAUUGCCCAGCAGGAAAUUAUUGCCGGGAAAGACGUCAGACACACAGCUUGGAUGUUUGAGACUCGGCCCAUUGAUGCUCUGGGGACAGAGGCUAUCGAUGCAACCGAGCAGUCGCAGAAAUCAACGGAUCUCGCGAGAGGAGACGUCCGCACCGCCACGUGGCUUUUUGAGACGCAGCCACUUGAUUACCUGAAUAAAAUAUACCAAGAAGACGAGCAGGAGACAGACAUUGUCGUCAACAAAAGCAUCACCGGCGGAGAUGUGAAAACCGCCAGAUAUCUCUUUGAGACCCAGCAUCUGGAUUCCCUGGGUAAAACGGAAACCAUCGAGGAGAGCAACUUCCUGAACCUGAAGUCUGAGCUGGAGGAGGUCAAAGGGGACGUGAAGACAACCACUCGCAUGUUUGAGACCCAGCCCAUGUGUGUCAUCAGGGGGGAUUCGGGUGAGAUGCUGGAGAUCACCACCAUCCGCCGGGAGGAGACUGAGAAGGGAGACGUCAAGACGUCACGCUGGAUGUUUGAAACCCAGCCCCUGGAUAUUAUUAACAAAGACCCAGCCAUGGUGAAGCUGAUUUGUGGUAUAUCCAUGGAGGACAACAUCCAAGUUGGUGUGAACAAAGGCAGGUGGCUUUUUGAGACAAAGACCCUUGACACCAUUAAGGAUGAAGAAUGGGAGAGUUCCAGGAAGCAAAAGGAAGACAUAAUUGGUACGGACGUGAGGAAGCACUGUCUGGUUUUCGAGACUCAGGCUAUGGAUACACUGAAAGACAACGCCAAUGCUAGACCGUUACCUUCGGAGGAGAUUGUAGGAGGAGACGUUCAAACAGCAAAACAUCUGUUCGAAACGGUCCCCAUGGAAAAUCUGAAAGAACUUCUGGAAGUGGGAAAACUUAAGAAAAUGGUUGCAUCUGAAGAAGAAAAGGGUGACGUUAGACAUCAAAAGUGGGUGUUUGAGAGCCAGUCGCUGGAAAAUAUAAGGGAAGAGAAGAAAGAGAUUACAAGAACGGUGAACCUCGAAGCUCUUGACAGAAUUGACGUGACAAACUAUAAAGAGAGGUUUGAAAGUAUGGAUUUAGGUAAGUGUGAAGGAACACAGAAAAUCCAAGUUGAAGGCGUCACAAGUGGAUCCGUCAGAUCUAACAGAGUUCUCUUUGAAUCCACCCCAAUGUACGCGAUGCAAGACAGCUCUGGCCAUUACCACGAGGUGAGAACCGUGAGGCGUGAGGAGGUUGUGAAGGGAGACGUGCGCAGCUGCCGAUGGAUGUUUGAAACCCGUCCCAUCGAUGAGUUUGAUGAAAGUAUCAAUAAGUUUCAGAUCAUAAAAGGUAUAUCGAAGCAGGAAGUCGAGUCGGGGGAUGUUAAAACAGCCAAGUGGUUGUUUGAAACUCAAGCGCUUGAUUCCAUUAAAUGUUUUAGUCAAUGUGAGGAUGAAGAACAUACGUGCAAGGAAGGUAUUGAAAUUGAGAAGGGAGACGUCAAGACUUGCAGGUGGCUAUUUGAGACUCAGCCGAUGGAUGCUCUCUACGAAAAGGUGGAAAAAAGCGAAGACGUCGAGGAAGUUCAAAAAGGUGACGUCAAAACGUGCACAUGGCUCUUCGAGACCCAGACCCUUGACAACAUACGUGACCACACGGAAACCGAGACCAUUCUGAAAACCUGCACGGUGAAACAAGACGACGUCCAAGGAAAAGACGUGCGACUGGCCCGCUUCCUUUUUGAAACCGAGAACCUGGAAAAUCUCACCGGCGAGGAGGUCAGUUCCUUCAGAAGGGUUACAGAAAUUGACAUUCAGUCAGGCGAUGUCUCCAGGAUGAAAUAUAUCUUUGAGAACCGCUCCUCUGACAUCAUGAGCUCCAGCUCUGGGGAAACAAUGCAGAGGCUGAAGACGCAGCAGGUAGAAGAAAUUCAGAAAGGCGACGUGGUGAACUGCACCUACAUGUUUGAGCAUCAUCCGAUCGAUAACAUCCGUGACGAAUCAGCGGACACAAAGGAAAGUCGCACUGUGACUGACGUCAAGGGAGGUGACGUCGACAAGGGCCGCUUCAUUUUCGAGACCUACUCUCUGGAUGAAAUUAAAGAGGAAUCUACAGAGACUGGUAUUUCUAAAAUCACAAGCAUCUUUAGAGAUGAAGUGGAAAGGGGAGAUGUAAAAAAUUAUACCAUGAUGUUUGAAACUCAGCCUUUGUACGCAAUCUGUGACAAAGAGGGUCGUUAUCAUGAAGUGACAACGGUUACUAAGGAAGAAAUCAUUAGAGGAGAUGUGGUGGGGGCUCGAUGGCAGUUCGAGACAAAGCCCCUGGAUUCAAUUAGAGAUUCCGAGGAGGUCUACGUUAUCAAAGCCGUUACUGAGGAAGGUAUCAACAAAGGAGACGUUAACACGGCAAGGUGGAGGUUUGAAACUCAACCUCUGGAUGAAAUUACAGAGGAAGGAAAAGUCACGUUGAAAACAGUGGCAGAUAUUCAAGGUGGCGAUGUGAAGACAAAUAAGCAGCAAUUUGAGACUGAUGAGAUGUCUCAGAGGUAUAUCAAAACUGUCAGCGUGAGCGAAAUCCAAAAAGGCGAUGUCAGAUCUUCCACAUGGAUGUUUGAAACACGUACAAUUGACGAGAUCCGGGGCGAAGGCACAGAGUUUGAUGGCAUGGAGAGAGUGACAAAAGAGGAAGUAAUAAAAGGGGAUGUCAAACAGUCUGUGUGGCUCUUUGAGAAGCAGCCUCUUGACACCAUAAAAGAGACUGACGGCACAGAGCUUCUUGUCUCAAAGGAGCAAAUCCCACAGGCCGACGUGAAGUCAACAACGUGGUUGUUUGAAACCACUCCGUUCAAUGAAUUUAACGAGAGCGGCAUGGAAAGGACUGAAAUAAUGGGUAAGAGCAUCAAAGACACACUUGAGGAGCUCUACUCUCAGAAAAUGGUGGAAUCCCAGGGUGUUCUCAUUGAAGCAGAUGAGAUCGGUGAUGUGCGCAUGGCAAAGUACAAUCUCAUGAACCAGAAGGCUCCCCAAAUCCAAAGAGAAGAGACUAUCAGAGGGGAUCUGACCAACAUAAUGAUGAACCUCCUGAGCCGCAGGGAGAUCACUGAAAGGGGGAUAACUAUCGACAGCGAGGAGCGGGGCAAUAUCAACACCACAGUGAAGCAGCUAUUCAACCAGGAAAGGGGAAUCAAUGUGGAGAAAGAGGAAAUUGUCCGUGGUGACAUUCAAGAGGCCGUAAACAAUCUUCUCAAGAGUGAGGGCUCCUCCAAGCGUGGCAUUCUGAUUCAAGAGGAUGAGAAAGGAGACGUGAAGUUGACUAUCUACUCCCUCUUGAACAAAGAGAAACGGGCCAGCAUGGAGAAAGAGGAUAUCGUUCAAGGGAACGUAAGCCGAACGCUUCACCGACUCCUCUCCAACUCCGGUGGAGAAGACUCUAGAAAGAUACGAGUUGAAGACAAGGAACGGGGUAACGUCAGCUUUUACUCCACGUGCAUUGAAUCGGGGGCCUUGGAUUAUCUGAAGCAGCUCCAGUAUGAACCUGGUGAAGCUCAGGAAGAAUUAAGAAAGGAGAACAUCAUAGGCGGGGACAUCCAGGAGACCAAAAUCUUGCUGCGGAAGAGUCAGCAGGAGAUUGGUCGCACGGUGGCCAAACACGAGAUAGUUCCUGGUGACGUGCACAGCAACGUUAAGGUCUUCAUGACGGAGCCCGCUGUUACCUACAGAAACUUAGAGAAAAGGGAUAUUGUCAAAGGUGACCUCCAUGCAGCCCUGGAUUCACUGACCCAAGCCAUGAAUACAAAGGUUUUAAUAGAAAAAGAGGAGGUGGUGAAGGGGGACAUCCCAACUACUUUAAAGUCUCUGGAGGAGGCCCAGCAUCAAGCCAAGGAUAUGGAAAAGCCUGAAAUUAUCAGGGGAGAUAUCAAAGGUGCUCUCGAGUCCCUAGAGAAAUCAGCAACCACCAACACGGAAUUCACAGUCGAAGAUCUAGUGCCAGGCGAUAUCAAAGGGACCCUGAAGUCCCUGGAGGAGGCCAAGAAGGUGGUGAAAGAGGUUGAAAAAGAGGAGAUCCUCAAAGGGGACAUACACAUUGCCAUGCAAAGUUUACACGAGGCGACGAGUGAGAAGAAGACUUACCAGCAUCAAGUGAGUGAACAGGGAGACGUUAGAGGCACUAUCCAGCUCCUGCUGGAGCCGACUUCUCCCAGACUUCAGCGCAGGGGGAGCAUCGAAGGAGACGUGAAAUCAUCCAUAAAAUGCCUCUAUGAAGGACAGGAGGCAACACAGGUGGAAAAGGAGGAAGUCAUAAAAGGCGAUGUUCGAGGGGCGAUAAAGAAUCUAAUGCAGAGAAAACAGUAUUCGAAUCUGAAGCGCACACACCCCGCUAAGAAAGCCAAAGUGCCCGUGAAGAAUCCAUUAAGCGCAAAGCCAGCUGAGCAUGAAUGCUUACAGAAAGCCGAGAGUGAGAGGGAGGGAGCCGAUCGAGCCCCCGCUGUGAAAAAGCUCUCUCAGAGCGCUGAGUCACAGAAGCACACAGAGAGGCACAAUGAAAGCAAAUCAGUGAAAACCGAGGUAAUAACCCAGGAGGCCCACUCUGUUACUGUAGCCAAAACAGAUAAUACCACUGGGGCCUCUCAACAGAUGAGCACGAAAGAACAGAAGCAGCAAGUUCUGCCCCCACAGAAAACACAAGUUCCUAGGCCUAUUCUGGUAAAGGAUAAGCAAAUGACUAUCAACGAGCAGGCUGACAUGAACGUGAUGAAAGAGGUGCAAAACAUAACUCAGACCAACAUUUCAAACAAGCAAGUGUGCCAAACAAAGUCAAUCAAGCAGGUGCACGCCACGGUGACAGAGAAGACGGUCGUUCGCAAUCAAACCGCGUCAGAGCAAGGGUCUCAGAGGCAAGUGGAGAACAGGGCGCUCCUCCAGAAGCACAAUGCAAAAAAUACAGAGACGACGGUCGUUCACAAGCAAACCGCGUCAGAGCAAGCAACUCAGAGGCAAGUGGAGAACAGGGCGCUCCUCCAGAAGCACAAUGCAAAAAAUACAGAGACGACGGUCGUUCACAAGCAAACCGCGUCAGAGCAAGCAACUCAGAGGCAAGUGGAGAACAGGGCGCUCCUCCAGAAGCACAACGCAAAAAAUACAGAGACGACGGUCGUUCACAAGCAAACCGCGUCAGAGCAAGCGUCUCAGAGGCAAGUGGAGAACAGGGCGCUCCUCCAGAAGCACAACGCAAAAAAUGUGAACAGUGACCACCGCAACCUCGCCACCAGAGGGAAGGGUUGGAUUAAAGAGGCCAAGCCGGAGAUUCACUUCCCUCCUCCACCCUCUUCGCCCCCUCCACCCUGCGAGUCGGAACUCUCCCUCCCCCCGCCGCCCUCGCCGGUGCCGGAGGGCCUGGCGCACCCCUCCUCUGUCAUGAGGCAGGACAGCGACCUCCCACCUCCGCCACCUCCGCCGCCCAUGGAGUGCAAGUCUGAGCCUGAAUUUUUCCCUCUCCCUCCGCCUCCACCCCCUCCGCCCUCUGUGGGCAGCCAAGAUUUCCUCCCGUCACCCCCCUCGCAGCAAGAGCUCCAUGCGAUGCCUCCGCCUGUAAAGCUGGGCAAACCGAUAGGAAAGCCUCUAUUCAAAGUGGCCAAGCAAUUAGAGACACAGAAGCAGCCAGUACAAAUAAAACCCAAAUGGCAGAAAAAGCAGCCGAGUCCCCCAACACCACCACCACCGCCACCACCCACUCAGCCCCCUCCCGACCGAGCAGAAAUGUCAAUGGAGCAAAAGGAAGGAGCUGCAGUUCAGACACUGAAGAGGAUUGAAACAAGCAAGCAGGUCCAGUCCGAAUUGACGGUGUCAACAACAAAAAUACCGAGCAUCCCAGCUGUGAAACCGCUGCAAAAAGAGAGCCCGAAGCCACCAAAGAAAAGCUUCGUGCCUCCCAUUAAGCUGCCCCCACCUCUUGAACCCGCUCCGACCGCAAAGCCUAAAACCUACGCCCGCAAAUUUAAAACACCUCUCAUGCUCGCAGAGGAAAGGUACCGCCAGCAAAUGGAAACAGAAGAAAUAGCCAGGACCAAUGUCACCACUCCCACUUCUCCACCCAUUAAGAGGCCCUCCUCCGCUGCAGGGCAUGAGCCUCUCGCAGCAAUGAGCAUAGAUACGGAAGAGGCAAAGGACGCGUCAAAAGCAAAGUGCGAAGAAGCUAAGGCCGUUUCUACAGAAGGAAUAAUGCCUGCCAAGAACACCGAUUCCCAGAUCCCUUUGAGCAAACCCCUGAUUUCAGUCUUAAAUAAGAGAUCACAAUCUGGAUCUUCAAACGUGCCCGUGGAUAAAAGAAUGGUUGCGAGCCAGCACACGGAAAAAAUGGCCUCAAAUGAGGUUGUUAACAAGAGUCAAGCCGCUCACAAGCAGCAGACGGUUUCCUCUUCUCAGGCCUCAAAUAUUAAGAACCAGUCAUGCUCGAAUGUGGUCACUUCUUCGGUCACGGAGCAGCAGCAGUUUAUUAAGAAAUCCAGCACCAGGUGUGUCACGGCUGUCCAGGAAAAUGUGGAUCUCCAGAGCCACACUGCGGUUACAUUGACAGCUGAAGAUGUGAAGAACAGUAGUCCGCCUCUGACGCAUGAGGCGAAAAUGAGUCCCUUUCAAUCCACUAAAAUUCCAAAGUCAACCCAGAGUUUCAAGGUGAAAACCUUUAAGAUGCCGACGGAGACGAAAGAGGAGAAAUGUGACAUGCAUUCGCAGCGAGAGGAGAGCAGCGCGUCACAGGUGAGCGAAACAAAAGGGAUUCAGAGGAGCCACCAUUUGACGUCCGCGAGAACUGAGAUGAAAACGGAGAAGACAGUAAAGGAGAAGAAAAGUUAUGUGACCCCACCUAUAAAGGAAUGUGAACAGGAUGUGCACGUUAAAAAGGGAGAGCAGGUGCAGGGGCACAUGGCAGACGUGAAGCUGUCCCCGCCGGUUACUCUUUCAAUGCCUAAGGAGGGGAAGAUGACGUCUGCUCCAGGGCAUCACAGCCACGUCUCAGUUUCCCGCAGUCAGCAGGGCGUAAGGACGGAGCACAUCCAACGCCACGAGGAGGUGGUGCUGACCGAGAGCGUGGUGCAGCAGCACUCUCAGACACGAGAAGCUGUACACGUGAGGGGGAAAACUCAAGCACAAGCAGUGGAGGCGCAAGUGGCGGAAGCGAAAGCGCCACAGAUGACGGCGGCAAGGUCAAAAGGCGAGCAGGGCGGUGCGCCAGUGCGAGGGACACACAAAACGGCCCACAGAGACGAGUCUCACUCCGAAAAAAUUUCAGAUUUAGAGAAAUUCCAUAUGAUGCAGAGCCUGCUUGCCGAAUUGAAAGAGCUCGAAGGCACACCUAGCAAAAUGGACUCCAACGCUGUCAGGGUGAUCAUAAGCAAACUCUCCGACUGGGCGAUGGGCUCGGACGAGAAGAGGAACUUUGGUGAAAUAGCUCAACAGCAAAGUAAGAAGAAGCUGAAAGAGAUGUUGGUCUACGUGAGGAAUAUCUGUCACGCCAAACUCUCGCUUCUGGAGGAGAGCGUGAAUGCCGCAGAAAAGCCAGUCCAGGAAAGAGACGCAACGCCUCCAAAACCGGACGAGGGCUCUCUAGCCGCGGCGAGAACAAAGGUGUCGAAGAUCAGCAUCGGCUCCUCCAGAAGUGAAAAGACGCGGGUGGAAGAGAAGAAGUCCCUCCAUGAGAGGCAGGUGCACCAGGAACCGUGGGAAGCGUCCGACCGGAGGGUGUCCUCCCCGCUGGCGAGCAUCCGCACCCCGUCGCCGACCUUCAUCAGUAUCGAGUCGAGGAGGAUAGACUCUCAGUUCAGGGUGACCCCAUCCCCUCCGCCCUUCAAGGCGGUCGGUACGCCUCCGCCACCGCCACGCAGGUCACAUACACCCACGACCACCUUCCGGGCAACGCCGUCUCCCACUCUGUGCCGCUCAGAGAAGCUGACGAAGCUGAAGGACACCACCUCCAAGCUCUCGCGUGGCAUGACCCCUCCGCCUCCUGCGCCGGUGCCGGAGUGCAUCUUUGCCGAGAGAGAGCAGUGCUCCCCGUUUAAAGACAGGGAGCCUCCAGCAGAGAGACGUGAGGAAGGCUCGGUCGACAUGACCGAAAUGGUGGACUCCAUGAUGACCGUGAGGGACAAAAAGUCUUUCUUCGAGGAGGCGCAGAAGGUGGAGGGGAGCAGGAUGUACACCCGGAAGGAUCCCAUCGACAUUCCGGAACGCUUGGGGCCCGACCCCGAUGAAGAUGCUGCGGCGAUGGACCUUUCGAAUGUGGAUCUCCCGAAGGUGGAUCUCUCCAAGCUGGUGAACCGGUUUGAAUCCCCUCAGCCAAAGGUCUACGCAAGGAAAGAGCCCAUCGUCAUCACGGAGAGGCUGGGCAGUGACACGGAGGACGCAGAGGCUGACCCACCGAGAGCCGACGAGGUCCACUCGUUCAACGUCAAAGCCAUAAAGAACGUGUUCGAAACCGGCGAGCACAGCUCUCGGGCUGCCCGGGAGCUCAGGGAAAUAAUCGAGAGGAGAGAACCCGAGGUGGGCCACCCUCAGGCGGCGGCUCACUCUGAGACAACCGUGGUCAGCGAGCUGUUUUGUUCCGUCGACGACUCGUCAGCUCAACGACCCGGCAGUUCACUUCCCCCCGGCAACCCCCCGUCCUACGCCGACGUGGUGCGGGGCGCCGCCCAGACGGUCGAUGUCUCCACUGAGGAGCUGCUGAGGAGCUUCCAACAGUCCUGGGCGGAGAGCCAGGGGGUGUUCCAGAACCUGGGUUUCAGUGUCACGGAGCAGAGGAGCUCGCAGGUGGUGACGCACCAGCAGGCGACCGUCGUGACGGAAAAUUCGAGUUCCCGAGUCCGAGCUGUGCCGGGUGUGUCGGAAGAGGGUGUACCCGAUGGAGUCGCUGUACGCAGACAACCGCAACUUCCAUAGGAGCUGCUUUCGCUGUGAGCACUGUUGUGGCAAACUAAGCCUCGGAAACUACGCCUCUCUCCAUGGACGAAUGUACUGCAAGCCACACUACACACAACUGUUCAAAUCCAAAGGAAAUUACGACGAGGGAUUUGGACAGAAACCACACAAAGAACUAUGGAACAAUAAGAACCCGAACA